CGACGUCUCUUGAUUUAAGAAAGCUUCUUUGGGCCCUCCCCAUGCACACUGUAAAAGCAUGAAGGACAUGGGGAUAGUGACCACACAACUACUCACAGAAGGCUAGCGCACGGCAAGGACAUACUCAUUGCAAACAGGUGCCGUCUAAUGAGUUGUUUCCACUUGAAGCAUGCGUGGCUUACCAACAGAAAACAAUUAACCACAGUUAAAAUAUGUCAGACAGAAUCGUCGACGAAGAACCAGUUAGCGUAACUCACACAGGACCAAAGGGUGUCAUCAAUGACUGGCGUAAAUUUAAACUGGAGAGCAUGGACCAGGAGGCUUUACCUCCUAGCAAACGAGAGCUGCUGAGACAGAUGUCUUCUCCCCAGAAACCUAAAGACACUUCAGUGGGUGGCUUGAAUCGCAAGAUGAGCGCCCAGGAGUAUGAACUGAUAAAAGAGGAUGAUGAAAAGAGCCUACGUAAGUACCGUAAGCAGUGCAUGCAAGAGAUGCAUGAACGCCUGAGCUUCGGGCCUAAAUUUGAGGGUGUGCAUGAGCUUGACGAUGGCGAGGCCUUUCUGGAGGUGAUCGAGAAGGAGCACCGUGUCACUGUGGUUGUGGUGCACAUCUAUAAGGAUGGAGUUCGGGGGUGUGAUGCGCUCAACAGUUGCCUGGAUUGUCUGGCCAGCGAAUACACUAGUGUUAAAUUUUGCCGCAUUAAUGCAGUCUCUACGGGCGCUGGCGAGCGUUUCUCAGAUGAGGUGCUGCCAGCCUUGUUGGUGUACAAAGCAGGAGAGCUUCUGGGAAACUUCCUGGCUAUCACGCAGCAUUUUAAUGAGGAAUUUUUCGCUACUGACGUAGAGGCUUUCCUCAACGAGUAUGGACUGCUUCCAGAGAAGGAGUUAAACCCUGGUCAUGAAGCAGAUGUGGAGUGAUGAAGGAUGGCAGAGAUUCGAAAGGGAUGACAUGAAGAGAAUAAGUUGCAUUACAACUCUAGAUCAAUCACACAUAUAGGUAAAUAGGCGGAGUAUAGGCUGUGUUUUGUGGCUGCUUGAACACAUUCGACCACCUGAAAUACCACACUACCACAAAAGCAAUCCGGCCGAAUGCUUUUUCGACUACCUCUGCAUGAGAUUGAAAGGGGAUGAGCUCAAAACAGUUCACAUCUCGUUUACAGCUAUAUUUAGCGUUGUCCACCUGUGAUCCGAUCGACUAAACCACAUUUUGCUCACGGGUGUAAACAGCCUCUUAUAUCAAUUAUUAAAAUAUAUUUAAAUACAAGUCCUGUUUCACACGUAAACAAAUAGACAGGAUAAUACAUGUAAAAUAGAUAAUGAAUUAGAUGUUUGGUGCAAUACUUAUGUACAUACUGUAAAUGUGUGUUUGCAUGUAGCCAAAAAUGAUAAUAUUGGGGUUAAAGGGACACUCCACUUUUUUUGAAAAUAGGCUAAUUUUCCAGCUCCCCUAGAGUUAAAAAAUUGAUUUUUACCAUUUUGGAAUCCAUUCAGCCGAUCUCCAGGUCUGGCGGUACCACUUUUAGCAUAGCUUAGCAUAA